AGUAGUAGUAGUAGUAGUAGUAGUAGUAGUAGUAGUAGUAGUAGUAGUAGUAGUAGUAGUAGUAGUAGUAGUAGUAGUAGUAGUAGUAGUAGUAGUAGUAGUAGUAGUAGUAGUAGUAGUAGUAGUAGUAGUAGUAGUAGUAGUAGUAGUAGUAGUAGUAGUAGUAGUAGUAGUAGUAGUAGUAGUAGUAGUAGUAGUAGUAGUAGUAGUAGUAGUAGUAGUAGUAGUAGUAGUAGUAGUAGUAGUAGUAGUAGUAGUAGUAGUAGUAGUAGUAGUAGUAGUAGUAGUAGUAGUAGUUGCAUGCCCGUAGGCAUUGUUAUUAGUAGUAGUAGUAGUAGUAGUAGUAGUAGUAGUAGUAGUAGUAGUAGUAGUAGUAGUAGUAGUAGUAGUAGUAGUAGUAGUAGUAGUAGUAGUAGUAGUAGUAGUAGUAGUAGUAGUAGUAGUAGUAGUAGUAGUAGUAGUAGUAGUAGUAGUAGUAGUAGUAGUAGUAGUAGUAGUAGUAGUAGUAGUAGUAGUAGUAGUAGUAGUAGUAGUAGUAGUAGUAGUAGUAGUAGUAGUAGUAGUAGUAGUAGUAGUAGUAGUAGUAGUAGUAGUAGUAGUAGUAGUAGUAGUAGUAGUAGUAGUAGUAGUAGUAGUAGUAGUAGUAGUAGUAGUAGUAGUAGUAGUAGUAGUAGUAGUAGUAGUAGUAGUAGUAGUAGUAGUAGUAGUAGUAGUAGUAGUAGUAGUAGUAGUAGUAGUAGUAGUAGUAGUAGUAGUAGUAGUAGUAGUAGUAGUAGUAGUAGUAGUAGUAGUAGUAGUAGUAGUAGUAGUAGUAGUAGUAGUAGUAGUAGUAGUAGUAGUAGUAGUAGUAGUAGUAGUAGUAGUAGUAGUAGUAGUAGUAGUAGUAGUAGUAGUAGUAGUAGUAGUAGUAGUAGUAGUAGUAGUAGUAGUAGUAGUAGUAGUAGUAGUAGUAGUAGUAGUAGUAGUAGUAGUAGUAGUAGUAGUAGUAGUAGUAGUAGUAGUAGUAGUAGUAGUAGUAGU